CCGAACAACCAUUUGGUCAAUAUGUGGUCACCAUUGUUUAUUCUUGUCCUCGCUGGUUUCGCUCUCGGCUCCAACCGGCCGGCAUGGAGAGACAACCAGGAAUAUAUUUACUCGGUUCAAGGGCGUGCUCUCGCCGGUCUAGAAAUCGCCAACGAAUUUUCGGGUAUUUUGUUGAAAGCUAAAUUAAAGCUUCAAACAAGACCCGAUGGCAAAUUACAAGGUAUCAUAAUGAAUCCGCAAUACGCUCAAAUCCAUUCCGAACUUUCUGAUGGAUGGAUGACUUACAUACCCGAUCACCAUGUGAGUUGGAAACCUCUUGAAAUGGUGAGGAAACCUUUCCAAAUCGAAAUGAAACGUGGUAUAAUCACCAAUGUGAUUGUCAACAAAGGUGUUUCAAACUGGGAAGCUAAUAUUAUAAAGGGUAUAUUGAGUCAGUUCCAAAUGAGCCUUAGUGUGGCUGAUGAGCAAGAUAACAGUCAAAAUUCAGCGUACUUCAAAACUUUCGAAGAGACCGUCACCGGUAACACAGAAACCUUGUACGAAGUCAGUCCGUUCCCUCAAUACGCUUUGAAUUCCCUAAAUUAUGAAAUUCCACGGUUACAAAAAAUGAACGACAACUAUUUGGAGGUCACUAAGCACAAGAAUUUCACCAACGAUAUCGAACUUCCUUCAUAUUUCUAUGGAUUAGGAAAUAUUGUCAAUAAGGGAGCAGUUGUGGGAAGAUUCUUUUUGAGAAACACAGUCACUCGAGCCAUACUCUCAGGAAACAUGAAACAAUAUACUAUUGAACAUUCACUUACAAUGAACGAUAUUGUUGUACAUCCUACAUUGAGAGAUCAACAAACUGGGGCAGUGCACUCAUUAUGGAAUACUACCUUGCAAGAAGUUAAGGCCCAAAGUGAAAUUCUCGAAGACAUUUCUUCACCUGUGUCAUUGGGUAGCCUUGUAUACGCUUACAACAAGCCGUUUGCUAAAUUGAACAAAGUCGAAGAAAGAAGUUCCCAAAAAUAUGAAUUUCUUAAUGACAGACCUGCGUUGCAGAGAUUAAAUCCGCAACUUUUUAGCAGUUACCUGUCUUCAGAAUUGAGACAGAACACACCAAGGCUUAACCAAGCAGCGGAAAAUCCUUUGUUCCCCUUAUUUAUAGGAAAUAAAGGUCACUCUAUUAAAUCUGAAAUUAACGUCGUCGAAACCUGCAUAAAUCUUUGCAGAGAAAUGGGAGAAGACAUACAGGAUCCUAGGAAGACAUUACAUAACAAUAUUUACGGAAAAUUCAGUAGCCUUAUAUCCCUUCUCAGACUUAUGGAUGAAUCUGAGUUAAGACAAAUUUCAAAAGCUUUGUACAGAAGUGAAGACAAUGCCGAAGGUGCUCCUUGGACCAUAUUCGUCGAUGCCGUCGCAGAAACUGGACAAGGCCCAGCUUUGACCAUGAUUGAAACUUUGAUCGAAUCCAAACAAAUCCAAAACCAACAAGCUGCACACAUAUUUUCCACCAUGGCUAAAGCAACUCAACAUCCUACUACACAAUACAUGAAAACUCUUUUCAAUUUAGUAAAGAAACCAGUGGUUGCCAAUUAUUGGCCUUUGAACGAAACCGCCCUUUUGAGCUACGCUGAUUUAGUUCGUAAAGUGUAUUUCGGAAGAGACUACUACGAUACUCAUUACCCUAAGCACACUUUCGAAAACUUGAAGGACAAAGAAGGACUUAGUUUUGUCAGGAAUACAGUUAUUCCUUACUUCAGCCAACGCCUUGACAAAGCCGUCACACAAGCCGAUACCAGAAAAAUACAUGCAUACAUUCGAGCUUUGGGUCAAAUCGGAUCACCCGAUAUACUCAAAACUUACGAACCUUAUUUGGAAGGUGACAAACGUUGUUCCGAUUUCCAACGCGUUUUGAUGGUUGUUGCUAUGGACAAAAUCGCUAGAAAUUACCCGGAAAUAGCACGUCCCGUGUUAAUGAAAAUUUAUCAAAAUAACGCUGAAACCUCCGAAGUAAGAGUAGCUGCAGUAUUUCAAAUUAUGUUCACCUAUCCCGAUGCGGAAACGCUCCAAUACAUGGCUUCUUACACUAAAAUCGAUACUGACGAGCAAGUUAACGCAGCUGUUAAAUCCUCCAUACAAUCAGCAUCUAAACGAGCUACUGAACAAUUUAAAACACUUCGCAAAGCUGCUCUAACAGCCGAGCCUCUACUCACAGACAAGGAAUAUGGACUACACCAAGGAGGAAACUACUUCAGAACUUACUUCAUCGAACAAAUGGAAUAUCAUUACAAGCAAUCCGCUCAAAUACUCUCCGGCGACUGGGGAUACGUUCCCAAUGGUAUCCAUUACUACUCAGGCUCCGUUAACAACGCACUGGAAUGGCAACACUUGAAUGUAGAAGGUUGGUUGACAAGCGUAGGUCAACUGGUUUAUGCUUUCGACAAACAAACUACAUAUUACAAUGAGGAAAAAGAAAUGAAGGAGCGCUUGGGCGAAAGUAAAAACCACCCGUGGUCCAGCGAGAACAUCGCUAAAAUGCUCAACAUGAAGUCCGACAUGAUGGAUGGCUUCGAGGGAUAUCUGUUUACACCUAUGAAUGUACCUUACCAAAUGUUAUCUCUCGAUAACACGACUUUCUGGCGAUUACCUGAACUUGUCCAGAAAUGGGAGAGAAACCUCAAAAAUGGAGAGGACAUACACUACGUCAAAUUCCUUAAUAAUGACCACCUUGCCCUCGCUAUGCCUAAUGAAUUGGGUUUGCCGUUCACUUUCACUUACAAUGCACCGAUGUUCGCCAGAAUCAACGGAAAUGUAAGAGCCGCUGCCAGUCCAGAAUUAUUCCAAAAGGGCAAAAUUAAUAUCCCGAAUAAUUUACAAGUAAAAGUAAACGUUUCCAUAACUGUAGGAUCUAAAAUAAUGACGAAGCUCGCUUUCAAUACUCCAUUCGAUCAUCAAGAAUACAGUUCCGGAAUCGACAAAGUAUGGCAAGCACACGUACCCAUAGUAGGCAAAAUUCAAUUCGACAGUAACAAAAAAGAAUUGCAACUUAAUGUUCAGCCUAGAGAAAUGCACCAAGGAGCGCAUUUAUUCCAUUACAGCACGUGGCCUUACACUUCAAUUAAGGAUGUUAUGAAUGCCAAACCUGAACAAGAACACCAUCAAAUCAUUAAACCUCACGGCCUCCGCAGAUUCGACAACGUUUUCGGCAAAAAAGAAACCGGAAUGGCCUUUAAAGUUGAAAUGGAAAGGGAAAGAAACACCUUAAGCAUGCCCGACUUCCGCGUUUUCUGCGAACACGGCAUUUCUAACGGCCUUGCCAAUAUUUGGAACGACGACAAACUCCAAUACAGCAUGGUAAACAUAACUUAUUUGCCCCAAGAAUCUUCUACCCAGGAAAUUACGAUGCGCAUGAAAUACCAAAAAGAAUACAAGACACAAGGAGAACAAUCAAACAUGAACUGGCAAGAAGUUAUGCAAACUGACAGUCCUUCGACCAGGCAAAACAGGCUAUUAAAAUCCGCUGCAUCUGGAAUUAACAAUGUUCAAACUUACGCCGUUGAGGCAUCGAUCGAUUUCGAGGGACACGACAAAACCGAACACGUUGUAUCCGGAGCAUACGCGUGGAGCAACGUCGACGCCAAAUCGCGCGUCUACGCUCUAUACAGGCACAAGAAAGGAAACGAAAGGGUUUCUCAAAUCAAAUUUGAAGCCGACAAUACCGUACCCAACGUCAACUCCCUAGAUUUACAAGACAUCCUUUCAGCACAACCCAGAGCCAGCUCAAACGUCAACGUUAAAUUCGACAACAUAAACGGAGAAGGUAAAAUUGCUGCAGAGAUUAAACUCAGCAGAAGCGAAGAACGUAAGCGAUACUUGAGCGAACAGCCAUUCUUCCACCAAUGCCUUCGCGAUGAACGUCUUGGCAACAAGCAAUCACCAGCUUGUCUUAACAUGACCAUUGAAGCUAAUCUUCUGGAUCGAGUUAACGUAGACUUGGACGUAGAAAAUGUCAGCCCUGCCGUACGUAGCAUGGUGGAAACGGUUUACUCUCACUUGAAAUACGAGUACUAUCCCAGUCUGAAAUUCGAAGGACAAUCUUCCAACGCUAAUAACAAAAUUAAUAUUCGGGGCCAAUUCGAUGACGAUUUGAAAUACUUGAAUGUUACCGUUAAAAAUGCCAGAGAAACCGUUACUUUCAGGGAUAUUGAACUCAACGAAUACGCUAAGAGGAUCUUGGUGGUACAUCCAGUAUUCGAAGCCUCUAUAAGGGCUUUGAGCAAACCGCUCGAAAUCGACACAUUCAAAUCCGUUUGUAUCGUCGACCAAUCUCAAAUAACUACAUUCAGCAACAACACUUACCCUGGUGAUCUUUCGAAGGAAUGGACGGUCGCCGCGCAAUUUGUACCGAGAAUGAAACAUGACGCUACCCGACAAUUACAAAAACAACGAGAGAAUUUCGCCAUUUUGGUCCGUCAAAGUAAAGACCACAAACAAGGAAAAGACAUCAAAAUCGUCGUCAGUUUUCCUGAAACCAAAUACAAAGUUAUUGACAUCACCAUGAUUUCAAAACCCCAAGGUCCGGUGAGAGCUGAUGUCAAAGUAAACGAAAAGUCUGUUCAAGUCAGUGGUGUAAAAGCUCAUGACAUUGAAGAUGGUUACAUCCAAAUUUACUCGACGCCUAACGGAGAAAUUAAAACGAUUGUACAAGGCAGGAUUUACGUCUUCUACGAUGGACAACGUGUUAAAAUCGGAACCAUCAACGGAUUCCUAAGACACGGCAACAGAGGAAUAUGCGGUCAAUUCAACGACCAAUCUAAUGAAGAUGGACUCACCUCUCAAAACUGUUACACUCGCGAUCCACAAAAACUUAUCCAAAGUUACGAAAUUCAAGGAUCAAGAGGCCAACAAGUAAGGCAAGAAUUGAAGAGCGACCCAAAACAAUGCGUAGAGAAAAAAGUGCCGAUUCUUAUUGACGUUAUCGAUGGAAAACACGUCGAUGAAUGGCCAAACAAAUACCAAGAAGGAAGUUCUUGCAGCAGAUUUCAAACCAAAUACGUCAAAAAAGACAAUCAACUGUGUUUCACAGUAAGGCCUGUACUUACCUGCAGAAGCGAGUGCCAUCCUCAAGGCUUCAUUACCAAAACACUGGCGGCCCAUUGCAUUGAUGAGACCAACGUUGCUCAAUUGUGGGCGUCGCAAGUCGAUAAAGGUGCCAGCCCCGAUUUCAGCAGCAAAAUUGCCAACAAGAAUGUGCAAAUGGAAAUUCCCAUUAGUUGCGGCAUUUAAUUUGCUAUAAAAUUUUAUUGAACUCGAAAUAUACUAAUGAAGCAUU